AUGCCCGCUUGGUAUAACCCGCAAGCCGUCUGUGCCUAUCAUUCAGGGGCCGCCGGACAUUCGACUAUUGAUUGCAAGGCUCUUAAGCAUAGAAUUCAAGAUAUGGUUGAAUCUGGAGAGAUUGUAAUCCAAAAAAGGGAGGCACAAGGGCCGAAUGUAAAUAGGAACCCCUUGCCGGAACAUGCUAAUACCAUUGGGGUCAUUCUAUAUGAUGCAGAGUACGUGGAACAAGUCAAAAAGAUGGUAAGGGAAGCUGAAGUGUUUGGGGUCACAGACCAACCAUUUGUCAUAGAGCUGCCAUUUGAAGAGGAUAAAAAGCCUUUUAUUUUGGAUCUCACGCUAGCCGAGAGUGAGUCUUUAGAGCCAGUAGUCAUCGAAUUCCCGAAGCAAGAACCUGUUUUAAGUCUGCAACAAGUGCCAUGGAAUUACGAUGAACCUGCCAUACAGAUUGGGGAGAAGUCAAUUGUAAAGAAGGAGGUGUCAGUGGUUACCAGAUCGGGGAAGACUGCCAGUCCGUUUGAAACUACCAUUCCGAUUCAAGCAAAUAGCUCCGAGCCGCCUGCUAAACCAACAAUCAUCGAGAAAGAAGCCUUGGAUUUUCUUAAAAGGCUCCAGAGAAGCGAAUACAAUGUAGUCGAAAAGCUAAGCAAGUCACCUGCUCAGAUAUCCAUGCUGGACCUGCUCUUUUCAUCAGAUAUGCAUAGGGACGCGCUGAUCGAAGUAUUGACUAAAGCUCAAAUCCCUAAGGAUAUUUCUGUUGAUAAUUUCUCACACGUGGUUGGGAGUGUGUUGUUUACUAAACAAAUUACUUUCUCUGACGAUGAAUUGCCAGCGGAAGGCAUUGGACAUAACAAGGCCCUGUACAUAGUUGUAAGGUGUAAUGGAAAAAUGUUGCCGAAGGUUUUGAUUGAUAAUGGAUCUGCGCUUAAUAUCUGUCCUUGGAGUACCUUGGAAAAGCUAGGGUUGCAAGACAUAAAGCUGAGGCCUUCAGGGACCGUAGUCCGAGGUUUUGAUGGAGCACAAAGAGAGCCAAUAGGAGAAGUGGAUUUAGUCGUCGAGAUGGGGCCUGCCCAGUUUCAAAUAACCUGCCAAGUCAUGCACUUUCCUAGUGUUUACAAUGUUCUGCUUGGCAGGCCGUGGAUUCACAAGUCUGGGGCUGUGCCUUCUUCAUUACAUCAAUUGCUGAAGUUUGUAGUAAAUGACAAGCUGAUAACUAUAUUUGCCGAGGAGGAUUGCCUUGUAAUCACCGAUUCUGGGUCAAAAGAGGAUGGAAGCCGAAACGUCACCAUGAGGAACGAGCUCUAUCACGGCUGA